CGAUAAUGAACUGCUUUGACGAAUGGCGGACAUUCAACUUUAAAAAGUAAAGGAUGGCUUUGUACGUCAGAGACUAUGAGGAGGAUAAAAAGACAUGUAGCCAGUUUCUUCGGUUUUACAGCAGAAUUGAUAGUUGUGGCAAUAAGCACUUCGUGUACAGUGAACAACUGGUAUGUUAAUGCAUUUGAAGACAUUUUCUGCAAGAGUCGAAUAGCAAAUCGAGAACAGUCGGUUCUUUACGUAUCUCUGGAUGAUUUGGCCGAGCAGUCUAUUGACCUCGUAGAAAUAAUAGAGUGCAAUGCUGUCCGGUACCAAAAGCUUUUCGCUGAGGUUAUUGAUGAGUUGCUUCCUGAUUUUCGUACUGUUGCCCUCGUUCCACAGGAUGUUUUAGAUAUAUUUAUUGACCAUAGAAUCCGAAUGGAACAACGUAUAAGGACUGUGGACUCAGAAACAACUUCUCGUGAGCCCGAAUCUACAAACAUGUCAGAUGUUCGAUCGCGGUUCCCUCCUGAACUGUUGCGACGUUUUGAGGUGUAUUUUUGUGGUAGGUCGGAAACGAAGCCCUUGAGUGUCCGCAACGUUUUGGCUUCAAGUAUAGGUCAUCUCAUACAAGUACGUGGAGUAGUGACACGUGCAACUGAAGUUAAACCUCUCAUCACAACAGCUACGUACACCUGCGACCACUGCGGCGCCGAAUCGUAUCAGGAAAUAAAUAACCCAACUUUCAUGCCACUUACUGUUUGUGGGACUGCGGCAUGUAAAAAUGCAGGACCGGGUGGUGGUGGUCGAUUGCAUAUGCAAACCCGAGGAUCCAAGUUCCUCAAAUUUCAAGAGAUUCGUAUACAGGAAUUGUCUGAUCAAGUUCCUGUAGGUCAUAUCCCUCGGGGCUUGACGAUCUAUCUUCGAGGCGAAAAUACUCGAGCUGCUCAACCUGGUGACCAUAUCCUCAUUACGGGUGUCUUUUUACCAAGUCUACGUGGAGCAAGCUUUUCUGGCAGUGGAAAAACGAAUCAGGCUUCUGUCUCUGUCAAUACUGCUGCUGGAGGUUUGCUGACUGACACUUACUUAGAAGCUCAUAGUGUUCAGUUGUUAAGUAAGACAGAUGACGUAACUGACGCUAACGAACCCAGUGAAGAAGAAACGGAACGCUUACGUGAUCCAGAGUUUUACUCACUGAUGGCACAAUCACUUGCUCCCGAAAUAUAUGGUCAUGAAGACAUCAAAAAAGCUUUGCUUUUACUACUGGUUGGAGGUGUAGAAUUAGCGCCAAAAGAAGGACUUCGCAUAAGGGGGAAUUUGAAUGUAUGUUUGAUGGGUGAUCCAGGAGUAGCAAAGUCUCAACUACUGGGUUUCGUUGAUCGUCUCAGUCCUAGAUCACAAUAUACAACUGGUCGAGGUAGUUCUGGAGUAGGCUUAACAGCUUCGGUCAUGAAGGACCCAUUAACAGGUGAAAUGACUUUGGAAGGUGGAGCUUUAGUACUAGCAGAUCAAGGAGUUUGUUGUAUUGACGAAUUCGACAAAAUGACUGAGUUUGAUCGCACUGCUAUACAUGAGGUCAUGGAACAACAAACUAUCAGCAUAGCUAAAGCUGGUAUACUCACAACUUUGAAUGCAAGGGUUGCAAUUCUGGCUGCGGCUAAUCCAGCAUAUGGACGCUAUAAUCCCAGCAGAACCGUAGAACAGAAUGUAGAUCUACCUGCUGCUCUACUUUCACGUUUUGACCUGCUUUGGUUGAUUCAAGAUAAACCCGAUCGAGAACAUGACCUUCGGUUGGCACAACACAUUACUCAUGUACAUAUGCAUGGUUGUGCUCCAUCAGGAAGAACAGAUUUACAAGGUGUUCCUGGUUCAAGUACGGAUCAUGAACUACUGUCGCUAGUAAAGUUACGCCGUCUAAUUGCUGUAGCUAAGGCGCAACCCCCUCCAGCUGUUCCUGCUCAUUUAGCAGAUUAUCUGGUUGGUGCGUAUGUAGAGAUGCGGAAAGAAGCACGUGCAAACAAGGAAAUGACAUACACCAGUGCAAGGACUCUGUUGGCUAUAAUGAGACUGUCUACUGCUCUCGCUCGACUUCGUGCAUCACCAGAAGUCUGCAAAGGUGAUAUUGAUGAAGCUAUGCGUCUAAUGGAAGCCAGUCGUUCAUCGAUUCUUUCUUCACCAUAUGAAGAUGCUAACCAUUCUAGCCGUCCUCAGUCAUAUAAAGAUGUGAUUUAUCAUAUUGUUCGUGAAUUAACUGCAGCAGGUGGUGGCACUGCGCGUAUUGCAGAUAUUGUCGAACGUUGCGCAACUAAAGGAUAUACUCCAGCCCAGGUAAAAAAAAAUUUAUAGAAUAGCAGUGGUGACAGAUUUUUUGACCACUAAACAAAGAUCACACCAUAUUUAUACAACCAUUUUCACCCUAAGCUUUAAUUGAUAUAUUAUAGAUAUCACAUACAUGUUUGAUUAUACACAUCGAAGUUAAAGAGUAUAAAACCAGCUUUAUGUAGUAUUUUUUGACAAACGUCGUACGUGCUUCGUGUAUUAUUUAUGUAUUAGAACACAAACAUGGUACAGCAAGAGCACCAAGAAAUAUGUCACACACUAUUUCGAAGACAUAAAGCGAAGGAAGUGGGUAAAAGGAACACAUUUAGAAUAAUGACUAGAAAGGUAGUCCAGUAAAAUACUUUCGAAACAAUAUAUUAUUUUUCAACAGCAGAAGAUAGAAGACAGCAUCACUGCCACUGGAUAACAUGGUCUCUCAGACCCCCCCCCUCCCACCAACCGAUGCUAAUCCUGAUACAUUUAUCCUUCAUCCUACUGACCACUCUUUCUCUUUUUCUAUCCGUGGCAAGCAAAUCAUAGACAGUAUGAAAGCUGUUGGGAUGAAAUGCGUGACAUAUCCAAGCUACCGAAGCUGGUGUUUCAAGACCGCUCCACAUAUUGAAUGAACAUCUGCAUCAUGCCCAAACACACUGUCUUACCUCAGAACUACGGUGUCGCCUCCGGGUACGAGAAGUCCUACUGUGACAACAAUGAUUGGACACAGAGUCAUCUCACAUCCUCAACUUGGAGAGGCCAGGCUUCACAGGCGUAGAGUAGUACUGCUCACUUGACUUAUGUGCUUGACCUCGCAGUCACUACUUGGAAUUUGGUAGAUUAUUUCGCUCAGUUGGAUCUAUUGGGUCCUUAAGCUGACAAACUUAUCUCGGAGUUAUUUUGUGGGUUUAGAUACCACUCAACUCCAUUCUUGUUGAAAAUUCUACGUAAAGUUUCUGGUGUUCCUUCCUUAUAUAGUAACUCACUAAGAAGCUUUGAACUCCUUUCUACCCAUGUCAUCGUGAUCAUUCGUAUUCGUACUACUGUUAUCAUUUUGUUUUUUGUUUUCGUACGAAUGGUAGAGGAUACUUAUGAAUUAGUAACAUUUCUUUUAGAUGUUUCAAUUCCUUGCUUAAGUCCUUUCACUGACUAGUGGAUUUUCUAGAUCUAUUAUUUGGAAAUCUGAACAAACGUGCCUUAACAACCAUUAAAUGAUGUGACCUGUUAGAAUGUUUUGGUUUUCUGUAGAUGGUAGUAUCUAGACUGUCAUUGGUUCUUCGUUUUACUCUGCAACCCAACAUAGCUAAUUCUCCUUUUUCAUGAUAUCUCCCACCGAUAGCUUAGUUCUUUUAGUUCAGGGUUAAUAUUUAGUUGAUUUCUAAGUGCCUCCAGUGAGAUAUUGAUUAGUAUUUUGGUAUGAAGACUUUUUGCAUAAAAAUAACCAUUUUUCUAUCCUCUUCUGUACUUAGGUCACUAGGUCUUACUCUUAACUCGUCUAGAACUUGAACGGUUCCUAAUAGGAUAUAAUAUUGGUGCUAAGUACUUCGAUAGUUCAUAUGUUGGGUUAUUUUUGAAGUCAGCUGUCGGUCUAAUGGGAUUGAAAACUGAUCUGUGGACCUUAAUAGUAUUAUGAAUUAUGUUGAGAUUAUCAGUUUUAGGAUUUAGAUUAAACCAUUCAAACUUACCUGACAAUGGCUUCAUUAAGUGUAUCAAAUCGAUUUAGUAUUUUAUUCAUGACAGUAUUUAUAUGUUUCUUGAUCACGUCGUAUGGUCCUGUUGGGAUAUGUUCAUCAAUUUUCGUAAAUUAAUUCAGUUUGUUCAUAGCUUCUAUUAAACUACAUUUACCGCAUAACACAGUAUUUGCCAAUUGAACACCGAAACUUUCUUAAUCAAAUCAACACCCAGUAAAUGUAAUAGGAAAGAUGCAACAUCUAUUUCAGACGUUCAUAAGCGAAAUUUAUUUUGGACUUCUCUUUGUACCACAGAAUUGUAGUAACCUAAAGCAACUUACUCUUUGUACGAGCUUCCAGGUGCAUGAAGAAUGACAUAUUGCACACAAACAACGAUUUUAUUCCCAACCAUCAACACCUAGGUGUUGCUCUAAAAAACCGGGUGUGAGAGUAAUACUACUCUGAUUUUGACCAACAUUUCGAAUGCACGCAAGUGAUAUUACCUGCAUAUAUCUGUGAAUAAGUUGUAGCUAGUUCUUUAGAGGCAGCGCCAGAAGAUUUAAGUGCUUUUAGUGUACGAAAUGUUCAUAGGAACACAACUUGAGGUAAACACGUUUUUAAGGCAUUGAUCAACAUUUAUUGCCUUCAAGUUUGUUGUAGUACUUUUGCAUUAAGAACUUUUCUCAAGCCUUUACGUCUGACUAGGGAGGCUGUAAUUCGUUGAAGGCUCUGACGUUUUUAUGAAGCGUAUCUUAGUAUAAUAAUGAUACAUCAGAGGUACAUGGCUAUUUGCAAACAUCAGUGAGGUAAUAAUUUGAGUGAAGUAAUUAAAAAUCUCCACUAAGUAGACUAAACCACUUGUAAAAGAAUGUCUUAAAGUUGUGUGUUCAUCUACUACUUGGUUUAAUGUGUAGUUGUAAUGAAUGCAGUCUGGUAGUAACUAACCCCCACAAACACUUUAUCUAUGAUAAUAGUUAGUUAGUUUGAUGCACGUACCACUUUUUUUUCUUGGAAAUGGAAGCUAAAAUACUUUAGGUCUUUAUUUUCCGCCCAGUCUCGGAAGAUAGAAUGGAGGCUUUACAUCCAUUAGUAAGAACUUAUUGUCCACUUAGUUGACUUUCUGAUUUGUGGUUCGAGCUCCUUACAGUUAUAUCUGUGUUUCAGUUACCUUAUUUCCUUAGCUGUAAUUAUUGAGUAUUAACGCGCAGUUAUUUGAUCAGUAGUUCUGUCUUGAUGCUUGUUAUGAUUUGCCUUUGACAGUAGUCACUGUUGGGUCCUCGGCUGAAUAAAAGUUUGAAUUUGUGAACUAAGUACUGGCCAACCACUUGAGUGUAUAGGUAAGUAAAUGCUAAUAAAUUUGUUCCAAACAAGUUUAUAGACAUGACAUGAUACCCACCUGAUAACUGUUUUUAGUGAGCAAUCAGUUACGUACAAAGUCUCACUUUCAGCAGUCGUGCAUCUUUUCGAUAUCCUCUGUGUACAUAGUAUAACAGAUCGCAUGGUGUUAUGUUCUAAGCAUGCUUUUUAGACAUAAACCAAGUAUAUUCUCGUUUCCUUCAGCUUAACGAAGUUAUUGAAGCUUACGAGAAUCUGAAUGUAUGGCAAGUCAAUAUUGGAAGAACACGGAUUUUUACAGUGGCCUGAAAAACACUACAGAUAUUUAAAUGGAUAACUGUUUUAUGUUAAUUUUAUGAUGUCGUUUUGUGUGUAUAAUUUUUAGUUGAAAGUUUACAAAAUACAAAUAUUCUCUAGUA